AUGCCAGUUAGAAGAGGUUUGAUUGCACCCAGGACGACGCUUAUCGAAACUAUUAUUAGGAAAUUCGACACUGACAAUCGUUCAUUUUUGGUAGCGAACAGCCGAGAGCCGGGCCAAUGCCACAUCAUCUAUUGUUCGGACGGCUUCUGCCGCUUGACGGGCUAUUCGAGGGCGGAGGUGAUGCAACGGCCGGCCUCCUGCGAGUUCCUCUGCGGUCCCUUGACCUCACAACAGGCCGUCUCGAAUCUCAGGGAGGCCCUGCAAGAUGGCGUCGAAAAGCACGCCGAGAUUCUCUACUAUCGAAAGGACGGCACCAAGUUCCUUUGCUCCGAAGUGAUAGCGCCCAUUCGCAGCGAAGUCGACGACAUCAGCCUCAUCAUCAUCAACUUCGAAGACCUCACCACGGUGCCGGCCUCGUCUCUCGAAAACAGCCCCAUCGGCAAAAAUAGGCUAAGCAAAUUCGGCCGGGCUCGGGCCUCCUUUCGCCAGAGCCUCAGGUUCGGCUCGAACAUUCGCGGAAGGGGCCUCCGCCUAGCGGGCUACCUCACGCCUCCCAGCGACGUCACCGCCGCCGAAGAGGAAGAAGACGGCCUGGAGCAAUGUCCGUUGACGCAUGCCGGGGGGCACGAGCAGCAGUGGCCGUCGAAGGGCGUCGACGGGCACCAGGCUCAAUUCAAAGACUAUACGGCCCUGGCGAUAUCGCACAGCGCCCCCGCCAGCCAUCAGGCGUCGUUCGAGCGCGGCGAGAGCGUCGAAAAGGGCUGCGUCGCGCGGCCGUUGCACUCGACCUACAGCUCCAGCUACAACAAUAACUGUAGUAACAAUAGGCUACAUCAUGUGAUUCACAACAAAGUAUCGCAUGCUACCAGUUUAGACGCCAUAGCUAGAAGACAAUGCUUUAAAACGGGUUAUCCUACCGUUAGUCUUUCCAACAAGCCGCAAUUGAGCAAGCAAUUUCCCAACGUGUCGUCGGAGAGCGAUCUGCAGAAGUACAGGAAGAGCCCGAGCUUGUCCAAUCCGGCGGAUUCGCUCAAGCAUAAGGUCUGUCAGCAAUUUUCCCUACAAGAUAAUGGAUCGGCAAAAUAUUUCCAAAGCGGCAUCCACACGCCGAAAAUGGGGGAGAAAGUGGCACAGGUACUGUCUUUGGGCGCCGACGUCCUGCCGGAGUACAAGCUCCAGAAUCCCCGCAUCCACAACUACACCAUUUUGCACUAUUCGCCGUUCAAGGCCGUCUGGGAUUGGAUCAUCCUCAUAUUGGUCAUCUAUACGGCCAUCUUUACGCCGUACGUGGCCGCCUUUCUGCUCAGCGAGCCCGAUUUCAACAACAGGAAGAACAAGAAGUACAGCGAGGAUCCCAUCGUCAUCAUCGAUCUCAUCGUGGACGUGACCUUCAUAGUGGACAUUCUGAUCAAUUUCCGGACGACUUAUGUGACCGGCAACGACGAGGUGGUGUCCGAUCCGGUGAAAAUCGCCUAUCACUAUCUGAAGGGUUGGUUCCUGAUCGAUCUGGUGGCGGCGGUACCGUUCGAUUUGUUGUUUUUCGGUACCGAUACCGACGAAGUGAGUACGAAAGAAUUGGGCUUGGAUAAAGACGAGACGACGACGCUGAUCGGACUGCUGAAAACGGCGCGCCUCCUGCGAUUGGUGCGAGUCGCGAGGAAAAUCGAUCGGUAUUCCGAAUACGGGGCGGCCGUGCUGCUCCUGCUCAUGGCCACCUUCGCCCUCAUCGCCCAUUGGAUGGCCUGCAUAUGGUACGCCAUAGCGAACACGGAACGGUCGUACGGCGACGCGACCGCCGACCGUCUGGUCACCUGGCUGGACGUCCUCGCCAACGACACCCAACAGUACUACUACAGCACGCCCAAUGGCACCCGAGGCGGUCCGAGCAUCCGCAGCCGUUACGUCACCGCCUUGUACUUCACCUUCACCUCGCUGACGAGCGUCGGCUUCGGCAACGUCGCCCCCAACACCGACGUCGAGAAGAUAUUCACCAUUUGCAUCAUGCUGGCCGGAUCUUUGAUGUACGCCAGCAUCUUCGGCAACGUAUCGGCGAUCAUCCAACGGCUGUACUCCGGUACGGCGCGGUACCACACCCAAAUGUUGCGCGUGAGAGAGUUCAUCCGGUUCCAUCAGAUACCGAAUCCGUUGCGGCAACGGCUCGAAGAGUACUUCCAGCACGCCUGGACCUACACCAACGGCAUCGACAUGAACUCGGUGCUGAAGGGGUUCCCCGAAUGCCUGCAGGCCGACAUCUGUCUGCACUUGAACCGGAACCUGUUGCAGAAUUGCAGCGUCUUCGACGGCGCCAGUCCCGGUUGCUUGAGGGCGUUGUCGUUGAAGUUUAAGACGACCCACGCGCCACCUGGGGAUACGCUGGUGCAUCGAGGCGACGUGUUGACUUCGUUGUACUUCAUAUCGAGAGGUUCCAUCGAGAUAUUGAGAGAUGACAUCGUGAUGGCGAUUUUGGGCAAGUACGACAUCUUCGGCGAGAAUCCCUGUUUGCAUCCCACUUUGGGCAAGUCGGCGUGUAACGUGCGAGCGUUGACCUACUGCGAUUUGCACAAGAUCCACCGGGACGAUUUGCUCGACGUGCUCGAGCUCUAUCCGGAGUUUUACACGCACUUUUUGAACAACUUGGAGAUCACGUUCAAUUUGAGAGACGACGAACAGGCCGGCGUGAUGCCGAGGAGGUCGUUCUAUCCGAAGGACAAGGAGACUCGGUACUUCAGGGGCGUACCGUCGGCGAGAUCGAACGGUUUGUCGAGCAGGGGGAAUUCGAUGAACGGCAGACAGGAGUCCCAGUAUAGCGACGAAUCCGAAUCAGGGCAUGGGAUUUUGGAAUUUUCUACGGACAAAGCCGGUCAGGACGUGACUCCUUUGAAUUUGGAUUUCGGCGAGGAGAAACGCAGAUCGUCGACUUUCAAUUCCAUAACAGGCAUGCUAUCUCACCUCAAAAGAAGUAUACCAGACCUAAGGUUACACAAAACACACCAGCCACUUAUAGCCCAAUCGACGCCGCCAUCCAGCCACAGGGUGCGCAGCACCAUUCGCAGGCAAUCCUCGAUCGGAGCGUACCAUCACCAAGAACCGACGACGCAGACGACGGCGACGCUCUCAGCCGCCCCCAACAACCCUCAACAGCCCUUAGUCGGGCCGCUGUCGAGCAGCACCAGCUACUACACCAACAGCCCCAGUCCCCCCCAUUCGGGCGAUACCGGACACGGUCACGUGCCCGACACCUUGGUGGCCUUGGACACAACGACUGUACAGCUACAACAUUCCACGAUGGAGGCGGGCGCGCGUCCGGAGACGAUCGUGAUAAGUCGAGGCCUCGUCGAGCAUAUCAACGGCAAAUUGGACCAGCUGGCGACGCGCGUCGGUUCGUUGGAAGCCAAACUGGCCGCCGACGUCAAGACGAUAUUGUCGCUGUUGAGGGCGGCGAAUCGACCGCCGAACGCCGCCGCUGAAGGCGACGCCUCGCCUACCGUCAACCAAGAGAUACCUGAAUACGAGAAUUUAGCAAUAGAUCCGACUAGAACUAGGUAUACCUUUCAACGAUCGGUUAGCGAACCGAAGCCGAUAUCGAGAAAUCAUUCCCAAGUUCUUCAUAGGUUUGCGUCGUUUAAUAAAGCUUUCGAUUUCGAUAAAGCCGUAGAAUCUUCGUGGGCCGAAUGCUUACUAUCAAAAGAUAAGGAAAAAGACGAAAAAAUCGCGCCUAUUGCUAAAUUAGAAUCGCUAGAAGAAUUAGAUUUGGAAUCUCCACUAGGCAGUCCGAGGAAACCUAAAAAAUAG